AUGUAUAAAUCCACGCGAUUGGCUCGGAAAGAUUUUCGAAAACUCAAAAAGAAACAACGUAAAAAAGCUUUAAGAAUAGAUGCAGCAAAAAUCAUGGAACAAAAACAAGGCAUGGAUUUAUCUUAUUACAUAAAACGCUUACAAUCUGAAGAAGCCGUCGAAUCCACGAAAGCAGAAGAGAUAAAACUGAAUGUUGAAAGAAUUCUAUGGGAAGCUCGAGAGCGACACAUUGAUCAAGAAAACUGGGAAAAGACAGUCAAAAGUAUAAAAAAGCACAAGCCUUCAGACAAAACAAUGAUUAUGAAUUCAUCUACACUGACGUCAUCACCUACCUCCAUUGUAACCACCACAUCCUUCCAAGAAACAACGCCCAUAGAGUCAGACUAUGGAACAGAGAAAGUAGUGUAUCCUGAAUUGUACCUUGAUGUCCAUCCCCAUCUUGAUCAGAUCAAUUGUCCGUUUUAUCUUAAAACUGGUGCAUGUCGGUAUGGUAGUUCAUGCGGUCGACAUCAUUCAUAUCCUGAUAAGGGUGUAACAAUUCUAAUUAAGAAUAUGUACGAGGGUAUGCCAGUCCAGUUGGCAGAUGAAGACAAUGAUGAUAAUUUGGAGUAUGAUGAAGUAGAAGCGGAACGCCAUUACCACGAAUUUUUUGAAGAUGUGCAUUCUGAAUUCCAACAAUAUGGGACGAUUGUUCAAUUUAAGGUAUGCAAUAAUUUUCAGAUGCAUUUACGCGGCAACGUGUAUGUACAAUUUUCUAAGGAAUAUGAAGCAGAACAAGCACUAAGGACUAUUAGAGGAAGAUGGUAUGCUGGUAAACAGUUAAUAUGUGAAUAUUGCCCAGUUACAAAUUGGAGAUCUGCUAUAUGUGGUAGAUAUUUAUGUUUUAUUUUUGUUGUGUUACAAAUAUUAUGGAUUUCAUUAACGUUUGCCUGCAUAGGACAUUAUGAAAAAAAUAAAUGUCCGAAAGGAAUUCAUUGCAAUUUUUUACACGUAUUUAAAAACCCUGGAGGAUUAUAUUCUAGUAGCUCCAAGACGUGA